AUGACGUCAGUGGGCUGUAACUUCCGGGUACAGUAAUGCAAUGUUGACGCAAUCAGCUGAAAGUUGAGGACUGGUUUAGGUUGAAUUCCUCUCCGCACAGGCGCUUUGAUGAGACGGAUCAGGUUUUGCAGACGCUGAGCUGUUCGAGGUGAAUGCAGAAUGGCCAGCGCAGAGAGUUCAGCGUCAUCAGCAGAGAACGGCGAGAACGGCAGCGGUGCUCAGGACAGCACGUUUGAGUGCAACAUCUGUCUGGACACGUCCAAAGACGCCGUCAUCAGUCUGUGCGGACAUCUCUUCUGCUGGCCGUGUCUGCAUCAGUGGCUGGAAACCAGGCCGAACAGACAGGUGUGUCCCGUUUGUAAAGCCGGCAUCAGUCGAGAUAAAGUGAUCCCGCUGUACGGCAGAGGCAGCACCGCACAACAAGACCCCAGAGAGAGAACUCCUCCACGACCGCAAGGACAGCGUCCAGAGCCGGAGAACCGAGGCGGCUUUCAGGGCUUCGGCUUCGGCGAUGGAGGCUUCCAGAUGUCUUUCGGUAUCGGGGCUUUUCCUUUCGGGAUCUUCGCUACAGCGUUUAAUAUCAAUGACGGACGACCGCCUCCAGCAGCUCCAGGAAGCCCUCAGCACACGGAUGAGCACUUCCUGUCCCGCCUCUUCCUGUUCGUGGCGCUCCUCAUCAUGUUUUGGCUGCUUAUUGCCUAAACGCUGACGAACUGUGUUUACCGUCCUCGUCGGAGGACACCGUUCAGUUUUCUUCCCAGAUAUGAUUUUAAUAAACACCAGUCUUAUUUCACUCACUGUAGCAGAGCAAGUAGAACUCAUAUGAAUGCAUAAAUAAUAUACAUCCUAACGAUAACUUCAGAUUUUCAUUGCAAUGUCUUUCUUUUGUGCAAAACUGCGUUUGCACAGUGACUCAUUUCACUAAUUAAAGUCUGUUCUGUUAAACUAAACUAACUGAUUUUACGUAUAUUUAAACAUUUGGCGCACAUCUGACUAAAUGCACGUUUUUAAUUGGCUCUUGAUCGAAUCGGAUGCUAAACAAGUGUUUUUGGUUUGUGUGAGACGACUUUCAACCCAGUUCGUGACACUAACUGCUUGACUAGUUAACUGUUCCAUCACUAAACCGAUCAUGAGGGAAAGAACGAAGAGGCUUGAGUGCAAGAUAUUUGAUCACUGCAUAAUUAGCUUUUGUCUUUAAAAUCAGCCGAGCACUUGUUUUCCACGAGUUCAUAUUUUUUAUUUGGAACAAUAAAAACAGUAGAGAACGUCUGGGCUUCUAAUGAGAACUAAAAAGAAAUUUUAAGAGAGGUUUGCACCAAGACAUGCUGAGAAUAUAUAUUUAGAAAUGGGUUUGGGUUACUGCAUGACUCCCAUGUUUCCGUCUGUUGUUAUUAGCUCUGGUGUCUUUGUUCUGAUCAUCAACCGAGCCAGUUUUCCUCGAGUUCGUGCUUUUAUGAAUCAAAAAACAACACGGCUUCAUUAGUCACUGGCAAACAUCAUAUUCACGGUUUAUCUGAAAAUGCCCCCAAACACCCAUGAAGUGUUAAAUGCUGAGAAUAUAUAUUUUGGCAAAUGUGCCGUGAUGAUACGAAGGCAUUAUUUUAAGGUGUCCUCGUUACAUGCACUUGCUAUUAUAGCAACAAUUAAUGAUGCAUAAUCGCAUGCAAGUAACCCUAACCGUGUAGUGAGUACAGUAACAUUACUCGGCACGAACAAGGACACCUUCAGAUAAAGCGUAAUUGUGUUUCGAGUGAACUCGAUGCAGAACGUCCGGACACACAAUGAAUGCUUUUCUGCACAUUUGACGAAGCAGCAGCAUUCAUACAGAGAGCAAGCACCUUCUGCUCUGAACCACUCGAGGGGCUUCGACAGUAAAAGACCAGUUUGCGUUCAGUGGUCUUUGAACUCUGCGUCAAACAUGAUCUGCUGGAUCUGCAUCUUGACGGCGGCUCUUUUCUGCGGCGUCAGUCUUUUGAGCGCAGGGACGUAACUCAAGAGGAACAGCUCGUCCUCGUCGAACGCUCGCGCGGCUUUCUCGCAGCUCUUCGGCGCCUCGUUCUCCUCCGUCUUCGCGCUGAGGUUGCCGGUGUUUGUCAUGACGGCCAGCGGCUGUGGAGUCGAAGCGGACGCCUGCGACAGCUUCAGUGCAGGAGGCAGACCGGCGAGCAGCAGCUGGGUCACCGGCGGGACCGGUGUGACGGUGGACGAGGGCUUGAGCUGCUGCUCCGACUCCGGGAUGUUGAGCAGGAACUGCUUGCUCUUUGCUCUCGAGUCGUCGCCGC